GAACUUUGUGGCAGUAAUAGCUUAUGGUGUUCAUACAUGUGCGGUGCAAAGGUGUGAUCGGGCUCUGACUGAACAGAACACAUGGGGUAACCUUGGAAAUGUUCUCAAGAGCCAGAGCAAGAUUUCUGAAGCUGAAAGCGCCUAUAGAAAUGCCUUGUACUACCGCAGCAACAUGGCUGAUAUGCUCUAUAAUUUAGGAUUACUACUUCAGGAAAACAGCAGGUUUUCAGAGGCAUUGCAUUACUAUAAACUGGCAAUUGGAAGCAGGCCCACACUAGCUUCUGCCUAUUUAAAUACUGGUAUCAUCCUGAUGAACCAAGGGAAGACAGAGGAAGCCAGGAGGACUUUUGUGAAGUGCUCAGAGAUCCCUGAUGAAAAUCUGAAAGAUCCUCAUGCUCAUAAAAGCUCUGUUACCAGCUGUCUUUAUAACUUAGGAAAACUUUUUCAUGAACAAGGACACUAUGAGGAUGCCCUUAUGGUUUACAAAGAAGCAGUACAGAAAAUGCCAAGGCAGUUUGCACCACAGAGCUUAUAUAACAUGAUGGGAGAAGCCUAUAUGAGAAUGAGCCGGCUGCCAGAAGCAGAGCACUGGUAUGUGGAGUCACUGCGAUCCAAGAGCGACCACAUCCCAGCCCAUCUCACCUAUGGAAAACUGCUGGCUCUGACGGGACGCAAGAGUGAGGCAGAAAAGUACUUCAUGAAGGCUAUUCAGCUGGAUCCUACCAAAGGAAACUGCUACAUGCAUUAUGGUCAAUUCCUCCUUGAAGAAUCCCGCCUGAUAGAAGCAGCUGAAAUGGCAAAAAAAGCAGCUGAACUCGAUAAUAUGGAAUUUGAUGUUGUUUUCAAUGCAGCCCAUAUGCUCAGACAAGCCAGUCUUAAUGAAGAAGCAGAGAAGUAUUAUGAAAUGGCAGCAGGAUUAAGACCUAAUUAUCCAGCUGCCUUAAUGAAUCUUGGAGCCAUUCUCCAUCUGAAUGGUAAACUGAAAGAGGCUGAAGAAAACUACCUCCUUGCUCUUCAACUUAAACCUGAUGAUGUCAUCACCCAGUCCAAUCUACGCAAAUUGUGGAAUAUCAUGGAGAAGCAAGGUUUGAAGACAUCCAAAACAUGAUAAUGAAAACUCUGUAUUUUUCUUCCUUAAACUUACUAAAUCCACAAACUAGAACUUCCACACGCAGUUGUUCAGUCAGAGAACUCCCUGGACUUGACUGCAAGGAUCAAAGGUCUUAGUUACUGCUAAAGAGAAAUUAUUCUCCCAGAUAAAUAGAGUAAGAGAUACUUUGAGGUAUUCGUGAAGGACUUGUUACCCCACAAAAAUAUUUGAAACCAUAGCACUUGAGAGGAGGUGUUUGGGCAUAUUUGAUAAAUCAUUGCAAAUCCCGUAUUGCUUACUUUUGGGUGGGUACCUGAAAUAUGUACUGUCAUAGAAAUGCUAAGGGAAAAUCGCACAGUAUAUACAAAGCCAUAUGGGAGUUAGUGGUAAUAGUGGGUUAAAGUAUUUUGCUGAUACUGUAACUCAUUAAAAUGUAUACUAAAUCAAACAUGUUUGCAGUUUGUCUUAAUGCUGCUGUAUCUCACUUUUGAACCAUUUGCUUUCCAAUUUCUCAGCUUAUAUGGCCAAGGUUUUUCAAACCUGUCACAUGAUUAGAUGACAGCAUUCGAAGUUGUUUACUGAAACAUGCCUGUUAUUUCAGCUUGUUAACUUUUAAUGCAGGUUUCUUGAGGCAUACAGUCAAAUUGCUGUCAGGUAGACAGAAUGACUAAGGAACUGCCCAUAUUCUACAUCAGAUAUAGUAUGUAGGCUGGUA